GUGCCUGGCGGCUGUCAAGAAACGAAACCAAAAUUGUCAUCUGCCCUCAUGUUUAUUGCUAAUUGUUUAAUUUUGUAGUUACAGUGAAGCAAUAAAGGUGUGAAUUUAUGUAUUUUUAACGAAAAAUAACAGUUCCCUCCUCUAACUUCAUGUCAAAUAUACCCACCUGAAAAAACCUCCAGAAGAAGUUUCUUCGUACUUAGAAAAAAAAUCCAUGACGAUUUCAUCCAUUCCUACCCUAAUUUGAUUGUGUUGAAUUAUGUUUAAAGACAUGGCUGAUUCAGCGAGUGAGUCUGAUUCGAGCAGCAUUGACGGGGGCCCCAUCAUGAUGCCUCCAAGCCCCAUCACCAGGGAACAACUUCAAAAGCGGAUAGAAAGUUUGCAGCAGCAAAAUCGGGUGCUUAAAGUCGAACUCGAGACCUACAAGCUGAGAGUCAAGGCACUCCAGGAGGAAAAUCGCGGCUUGAGACAGGCUUCUGUCAUCAUACAAGCCAAAGCUGAGCAAGAAGAGGAGUUUAUUUCAAACACCCUCCUUAAGAAGAUUCAAGCGUUGAAAAAAGAGAAGGAGUCUUUGGCGCACCACUAUGAAAGGGAAGAGGAGUGUCUCACCAACGAUCUAUCGCGAAAACUCACGCAGCUGCGACAGGAGAAGUGCCGACUUGAACAAACUCUAGAGCAGGAACAAGAGUGCCUUGUUAACCGUCUAAUGAGAAAAAUUGAGAAACUUGAAGCUGAGACUCUUGCUAAACAGAGCAAUUUGGAGCAGCUAAGACGCGAAAAAGUCGAGCUCGAGAACACCCUCGAGCAGGAACAAGAAGCUCUCGUUAACAAACUCUGGAAACGCAUGGACAAGCUCGAAGCCGAGAAGCGAAUGCUCCAGAUAAAACUGGACCAACCAGUCUCAGAUCCGGCGAGUCCUCGUGACAUCAACAACGGCGACACAGCCACCAAUCUCAGUGCCCACAUCCAGACCCUCCGGUCGGAAGUGGCGCGAUUGCGGCAAACUCUGGCGAUCAGCCAGCAAGAGCACACCCAGAAGAUGCAGAGAUACGCGCAAGAGGAGCGCAACAUCAAGGAGGAGAACCUGAGAUUGCAGAGGAAGCUGCAACUGGAGGUGGAGCGACGCGAAGCUCUCUGUCGCCAUCUCUCGGAGAGCGAGAGCUCGCUGGAGAUGGAGGAGGAGAGGCAUUACAACGAGCAAGUGCUGGGGGCCAGGCAGCACACGGUGUCGCCGGUUCCGUACAAUCCGUCGCCUAGCCAGAGUCGCCCCCUGAGUCCAGGUUUGUCGUCGAUGCAAGCGCCGUCUCCUCGCGACUCUCUCAUCGUGGGCCCCCCACGCUGUCCGACUUGCGGUCAAUUACUAACUUCUGCUUUGCACAAUGUGGGGUCCAGCAGCCCCCCGGCUCCGGCCCACCGAAGGACCAGUGAAAGAUUCAUCAAGCCGGCGAUUCCAGCACCACAGCCCGCUAGUCCCAUGGAUACUUCAAUCACUAAAGAAUAAGAAAGAAAAAGGUGUUGCGAAUUGGCAAAUAAUCAGUAAUCAUGUUUAUGGGCUUUCGUUUUGCAGGUGGUGAACAUUUGUUGGUUUCUCUGCAUGUUAUUUGUAUAAGGGCUUAAAGUUCGAAACAAAUAAAUUUAAUAAAACUACAUGGUGUUACUGUGAAGCUAAUGGAUUAAUUUUUUCUUGUUUAGAUAUUGUAUUACUUGGGUUUUUCGAUCAGGCAGCUGUUUUGUAUAAUUUCGGGAUCUGCUUUGCUUUUAAUAUGUGUACUUAAUGAUGUUAUAUGAUAAAGGGAGCUUUAUUGUGGUCAGCUCUAUUAAAAUAUCUCCAUAUUGAAUGUUUACCGAGUCUAGUAAUGGCAGUUGUCACAGGAUCGAUGCCAUGUUGAAACAUUGCCAACAAUUUUUCACAAUGUUUGUGAUAUGAGUUUUUGUUAUUUAAAGAGUGACACGAUUUGUUUAUUAACGGUUUUGUUUACUUUGUAGGUACACCGCACUCUGCCAAACUUAUUUCCUUAGUAAUUAUUAUUUUUAUCAUGCAAUAAUAAAGCUAGCUUACGUUUUGUAUUUGUAACACCAUUUCAAUUAAGACUAAUUGAAAUGUUGAAGUUUAUUUAUCUGAUUUGUUACAUUCAUAACACUAGAAAUUACGGAUUAAAGACUAUUUAGUUUAGAUUUAGGUGUUUUUUAGAUUAACUUCUCAAAAAUUGACACUACAGGUGGCAAUUCAAAAAAAUUGUGAAAAGUGAUAUUAGGAUAUAAACUCAUUAUUUUCAUUGGUGGAAUUACAUUGUCAUAUUGAUUUGUGCCACAACCAAACGCUAAAAUUCAAACAAAAUUCUUCCCUUACUAAAUUAAAAGCCAAUGAAAAAUUUCAGUGACUAUUUCAGGGUCAUAUGUAGUCUAGGAUAACUUUUGUUACUGUAAGUUGAGAUAUUUGUUAUGUUUUUAGUAAACUGAUGUAUUUUCCUGA